AUGGAAUUUGAUAUCGAAGUUAUGGUUAUGUCGGUGAUUGCCGGUGUGCUUUUCAGCAUGUUUAUAGGUAAACGACAUGGUGGACAUAUUGGCCAAGAGAGGAAGUUCGAUGCAGACUUUGGUUAUUUCGGAUCAUUAGGUAUUGAAGAAGCAAAUGGGCCUAGAGUUGUUAAUGUUAAUGUUGGAGUGAUUUUGGCAUUGGAUUCAUGGGUAGGGAGAGUGAGCAAUUUGUGCAUAACAAUGGCCCUCGAAGAUUUCUACAAAGAACACCCCAACCACAAAACCAGAAUACUACUCUCAAGGAGAGACUCAGGACUAGAUGUUGUGCAGACUGCCUCAGCUGCUUUGGACCUCUUGAAGAAUGUGGAGGUAGCUGCCAUCUUAGGCCCUCAGUUAUCAGCCGAGGCAGAGUUUCUGGCCGAACUUGGAAACAAGUCUCAAGUGCCCAUUCUCUCUUUCUCUGCAACUUCUCCUUUUCUCUCCUCAACUCGCACUCCUUACUUUGUGCGAGCAACUAUCAAGGACUCAGCUCAAGCCAAGCCUAUCGCAGCUCUCCUCCGAGCCUACGGAUGGAGACAAGCUGUAGCCAUAUCCGAAAAUACCAAAUAUUGUAUUGGCUUCAUUCCCUACUUAAUAGAUGCCGUGGAAGAAAUCGGUUCUCACAUUCGACACAAAAUUGUCAUUGCCUCAUCUGCUUCGGAGGAAUUUAUCGGAGAGGAGAUUCUCAAACUAGUGUCAAUGAAAAACAGGGUCUUUAUCAUUCAUAUGUCAUCUGUCCUGGCCUCCAGGUUCUUCUGGCAGGUUCAACAACUCGGCUGUAUGAGUGAGGAGUAUGCCUGGAUCAUAACUGAUGGGUUCACCAGUCUCUUGGACUCUAUGGACCCAUCAGUUAUAGCGUCAAUGCAAGGGGUUUUGGGAGUUAAAGCAUAUGUAGAAGAGUCUAAACAACUGGCUAAGUUCACCACAAGAUGGAAGCAUCGUUACAGGGCAGAAUACCCAAACGAAAUUCAAAUCCCACAUCUGAACGUUUUUGGAUUAAGAGCCUAUGACACCACCUGGGCUCUUGCUCUUGCCAUGGAGAAAUCUGUCACUAAAGUUGUUAGUCUCCGACAACCAAUCACCCCAAUAGUGGCCAGAAACCCAUUGGAUUUUUAUACCCCACAAAUUUCUCCAGUGGGCCGAUUUCUCUUAAAAGCCAUAUUAAAUACACAAUUUGAGGGGUUAACCAGCAACAUCCAGUUCAUUGACGGUGAGCUUGAAGUUUCUAAUUUCCAAAUAAUCAACAUUGUCGGUCAAAGCAUUAGAGAGAUCGGUUUUUGGACACCUGAAUUUGGUCUAUCUCAGGUGAUCAAACAAGAAACCCAAGAAAAGAAGAAGGUUUACAUGACUAGAGUGACAGAUCUAAAGAUGGUGAUCUGGCCCGGGGAAUCAGUGAGGGUCCCUAGGGGUUGGAUGUUCCCAACAAAUGGUGGAAAGUUAAAGAUUGCGGUUCCUGUCAAAAUAGGAUUUCAGGAGUUUGUGAAGGUGGAGAGGGACUUGAAUAAUCAAUUAACAGUGACCGGAUUUUCAGUCGUCAUUUUUAAGGCUGUUCUCGAUGCUCUACCCUAUGAUGUCCCCUAUGAAUUUGUUCCAGUUGAAAUUAGCCAUGGGAGAAGAAUAGGGACCUACAAUGACCUUGUUUACCAGGUCUAUCUUGGGACGUACGAUGCCGUUGUGGGUGAUGUGACUAUAACGGCAAAUCGUUCAAAUUAUGUCGACUUUACCCCCCCAUACUCCAAGCCAGGGGUGUCAAUGGUAGUUCCAAUGCAGAAAGAGAGGAGAAGCAGAGCAUGGGUAUUCUUGAAGCCUUUAACACGAGAGCUUUGGUCGGUCACUGCAUGUUGCUUCAUCUUCAUGGCAUUUGUGGUUUGGUCUUUGGAGCAUAGGGUAAACGACUAUUUCCAAGGGACACCGAUGGAUCAACUGGGCAAGGCUCUAUAUUUCUCUUUCUCGGCUCUUGUCUUUUCGCAUUGUGCUAAGGUCAACAACAAUCUAACACGGUUCGUGCUAGUCCUAUGGUUAUUUGUGGUUCUUAUAAUAAGCCAAAGUUAUACUGCAAAUUUGGCCUCUAUUCUAACAGUAGAGCAACUGGAACCCACCAUUACAGAUGUGCAAACCCUCAUAGAAAAUGGAGAUUAUGUGGGAUACCAUGAUGAUUCUUUUGUUGAGGGGAUGUUGAAGAAGUUGGGCAUCGCAAAGUCGAAGAUCAAGGGAUUCAACACUUCUAGUGAAUUGGCAAAGGCCUUGAGAAAAAGCAGUGCUAAUGGCGGGGUUUCAGCUAUCUUUCUUGAGAUCCCCUACAUCAAAGUUUUUCUCACUUCUUACCAUGAUGAAUUUUCCAUGGCUGGGCCAAUUUUCAGAACUGGGGGCUUUGGCUAUGUGUUCCAAAAGAACUCCCCACUACUUUCUGAUAUUUCCAAAGCAGUCUUGGAAGUGACUGAAGAUGAGAAGAUGAAGGGAAUGGAGAUGGCUUGGCUUGGAAGCCGUACUGUGCAGCCAACCUCAUCAACUGAUGUGGCUUCGAACGGUUUGAGCCUCGAUUGCUUUUGGGGCCUCUUCCUCCUCGUGUCAACAACUUCCAUUGCAGCCUUGAUAAUUUUUUUCAUCCAAAUUUGCAAGGAGGAUCACAAUAAUGAAACAGGUGAAGCCAAAUAUUUUAUGAAAGUAAAGAACUUAUAUAAUGAGAUCACCCAACUUGACAAGGAGUUAAGGAUAGGUGGGAAGUGUAUGCUGAGGUUGAUUAUCCACAGGCUUAGACUAAAGUUUCAUGGGUUCUUGGCUGACACUGACUGA